ACACUAAUCUAGAUCCUCCAAAUCAAAAUAAAAAUAAAAAACCACUCUCCUUCUGACAUAUUCCGGUAUGAUCCUCACCAUAGGUUCCAAUGUGGUCGUACAGUCAGUCUCACCAUUUGGAUCUUCCUUGCCCUCUCCCCGCUUGACCCGUCCGUACAAAAACCCGUCCAUGUUCACCUUAUGUUGCUCCUCUGUGUCCAAAAAGGUUGGGGCUGGUGCUAUUGACCCCAAACCGGUCGUGGACCGGUGGCCGGAGUACAUUCCGAACAAACUCCCCGACAAGAACUAUGUGCGUAUAUUAGACACGACGCUCCGUGACGGCGAACAGGCUCCCGGUGCAGCCCUUACUCCACCGCAGAAGUUAGAGAUUGCUCGGCAGCUCGCUAAACUCCGAGUAGACAUCAUGGAAGUUGGUUUCCCAGGAUCCUCUCAAGAAGAGUUUGAAACCGUCAAAACUAUCGCCAAGACCGUAGGAAACGAGGUGGAUGAGGAAACAGGUUACGUCCCAGUAAUUUGCGCCCUCGCACGAUGCAAACAUAAAGACAUAGAGGCGGUCUGGGAGGCGGUGAAGUACGCGAAGAGGCCUUCGAUACUCAUAUUCAUAUCUACUAGUGACAUUCACAUCAAAUAUAAGUUGAAAAAGACUAAAGAAGAAGUCAUCGAGAUGGCUGCUAGUAGUAUUAGGUUUGCUAGGAGCUUAGGCUUCAAUGACAUCCAAAUUGGUUGCGAAGAUGCCGGCAGGUCGGACAAGGAUUUUCUAUGCAAGAUUCUAGAAGAAGCGAUAAAAGCGGGUGCAACCACGAUGAACAUUGCGGACACGGUAGGGAUCAAAAUGCCGGAAGAAAUCGGAGAGCUUGUGAGGUACCUCAAAACAAACACUCCUGGAAUCGAUGAUGUUGUCUUCAGCGUUCAUUGUCACAACGAUCUUGGUGUUGCCACUGCCAACGCAAUUGCGGGUGUAUGUGCGGGAGCAAGACAAGUUGACGUAACGGUCAACGGAAUAGGCGAAAGAAGUGGAAAUGCGCCACUUGAAGAGGUCGUGAUGGCUUUGAAAUGUCGAGGAGCAUACGUGAUGGAUGGCGUUUACACAAGAAUAGACACACGCCAAAUUAUGGCUACCAGCAAGAUGGUCCAAGAAUAUACAGGCUUGUAUGUUCAGCCACAUAAGCCUAUAGUUGGAGCCAACUGUUUUGUUCAUGAGAGCGGUGUUCACCAGGAUGGAAUAUUGAAAAACCGGAGUACAUAUGAGAUCUUAUCACCAGAAGAUAUUGGGGUUGUCAAAUCUCAAAAUUCCGGAAUUGUUCUUGGAAAGCUUAGUGGACGACAUGCGGUGAAAGAUCGGCUGAAAGAGUUGGGAUAUGAAAUCGACGAUGAAAAAUUGAACGACAUCUUCUCACAGUACAGGGAUUUAACCAAGACGAAAAAGAGAAUCACGGAUGCUGAUCUCAAGACAUUAGUAACCUGUGGUGAUGAAAUCUCGUCAGAGAAAUUAAACGGCGCUAGCGGUAAAGAGACUAACGGCUAUGUACCAGUACCACUCCCUCAGAUUUCCUCAUAAGUCACCAACUUGGAAAGAUCAGAGCUAUUUUUGUUCUACUUUUAGAAAGUCAGAAUUAUGGCAAAGUUCUGUGUUCAUCUUUAUUUUUUAUUUUUAAUUAAUUUGCUUUGUUUUCAUCUUAGGUUAUUUAUUACAACAUUACAACAUAUCCGGCAGAUUUAGCAA